AUGUUCUCCCGUGCUAUCCUCCGAACUUCUGCUCGAGUCGUCCCCCGACAGACCUUGUCUGUUCGAUACGCUGGUGAGAAGGCAGAAAUGAGCAUCCAGCAGUGGCUGAAAAUGGAGCCCGCUCUUGAGCAGGUCAUCUUCGUUCUCAUGGGCGGUCUGGCCGCCAUCAUCGUCGCCCAGCUCUUCGGUGCUUCUCCCCCAACUGCUCUUCCCGCUGGAGCCCCUACUUACCCUUGGGAAAACCCACCCCAGGUCUCUGACGCCGCUUUCGGCUCUCACCCAGUCGAGAAAAUCGUCAUGGAAGAACUCGGACUCAGCAGCUACGAGGAAGCCAAGCCUUACCUCAAGGCCUGGUGGGCCGAGCAGCUCGCUGAAAUGUCCGAGGACGAAAUCAAGGCGCUCAAGACCAAAUACCGACUCUGGCAAUAA